GGCGGGGGGCGGCGCUGCGGCCACCGGGCAGGCUUUUCUGCCUCGGGCCUCCUUUGUCACAUGCGGCACAGCCGUGAGUCGCGGCCCUGACUCCCCCGCCCCAGAAGGAAGAGGCCCUCGUGUGUGAAGAUGAACUCCACGGAGCCCCUGGACAACGCUCCCAAUGGCACGUUGCUGCGCGCGCCUCGCUCCCAGGGAGGAAACGGCACCGCCGUCCCGGGGGACCUUCAGCACCUCAUCCACACGGCCACUUUGGUCACCUGUACUUUUCUGCUGGCGGUCAUCUUCUGCCUGGGCUCUUACGGCAACUUCAUCGUCUUCUUGUCCUUCUUUGAUCCAGCCUUCCGGAAGUUCAGAACCAACUUUGAUUUCAUGAUCCUGAACCUGUCCUUCUGCGACCUCUUCAUCUGUGGCGUGACAGCCCCCAUGUUCACCUUCGUGCUCUUCCUCAGCCCCGCCAGGGGCAUCCCCGAUGCUUUCUGCUUCACCUUCCACGUCACCAGUUCCGGCUUCAUCAUCAUGUCCCUCAAGACCGUGGCCGUGAUCGCCCUGCACCGGCUCCGCAUGGUGCUGGGGAAGCAGCCCAAUCGCACGGCCUCCUUUCCCUGCACCGCGCUUCUCACCCUGCUUCUCUGGGCCACCAGUUUCACUCUGGCCACCCUGGGCACCCUGAAAACCAGCAAGUCCCACCUCUGCCUCCCCAUGUCCAGCCUGACGGCCGGAGAAGGGAAGGCCAUUGUGUCUCUGUACGUGGUGGACUUCACCUUCUGCGUGGCGGUGGUGUCCGUCUCCUACAUCAUGAUUGCGCAGACGCUGCGGAAGAACGCUCAAGUCAGGAAGAGCCCCCCGGUGAUCACGGUGGACGCUUCCAGACCGCAGCCUUUCAUGGGGGCCCCCGGCAAGGGAGCGGGCAACCCGGGGCAGUGUACCGUGCCGGCUCUCUACAGAAACCAGAAUUACAACAAGCUGCAGCACAUUCAGACCCACGGAUACACCAAGAGCCUUCACCAGAUACACACCCCAGCGGCCAGCCGGCUCCAGCUCGUGUCGGCGGUCAACCUGUCCACGGCCAAGGACUCCAAGGCGGUGGUCACCUGCGUGGUUAUUGUGCUCUCCGUCCUGGUGUGCUGUCUUCCCCUGGGGAUUUCCUUGGUGCAGGUGGUCCUGUCCCGCAGUGGGAGCUUCAUCCUCUACCAGUUUGAACUGUUUGGAUUUACCCUUAUAUUUUUCAAGUCAGGGUUAAACCCUUUUAUAUAUUCUCGGAACAGCGCCGGGCUGAGAAGGAAAGCGCUCUGGUGCCUCCAGUACGUCGGCCUGGGUUUUUUCUGCUGCAAACAGAAGACUCGACUUCGAGCCAUGGGAAAAGGGAACCUUGAGAUCAACAGAAACAAGUCCUCCCAUCAUGAGACCAACUCUGCCUACAUGUUGUCUCCAAAGCCCCAGAAGAAGUUUGUGGACCAGGCUUGCGGCCCAAGUCAUUCGAAGGAAAGUGUUGUCAGCCCCAAGAUCUCAGCUGGGCAUCAGCACCACGGGCAGAGCAGCUCCACGCCCAUCAACACUCGGAUCGAGCCGUACUACAGCAUUUAUAACAGCAGCCCCUCGCAGGGAGAGAGCCUCCCGCGGAACUUGAAGCCGGUGAACUCGUUCGGGUUUGCCAACUCCUAUAUCGCCAUGCAUUAUCACACCACUAACGACUUAAUGCAAGAAUACGACAGCACGUCAGCCAGGCAGAUCCCAGUGCCGUCCGUUUAGUGUCCUGGAGGCUGGACCCCCUUGUGCAAACUGUUUUUGUUUCGGAUACUAACCGAUUUUCACUUUUGUGAGCCCAGUGGUAGAUGAAAACUUCAAGACUCAGAGAACACUUGGCAGUUAUGAUUUUCUUCUGUCUGGAGUAUUAGCAUCCAUUGAUUUGCUUUGUGGUUUCUUGACGUUUUAAGAUUUUAUGUAAGCAUUUAUUAAGGUUUUUACCCCGACCUAUGCUCAGAUGUUUGGUACCAAACUUUCAAACAGAUGCCAGGAAUGACCAUGCUAGUAUAUUAAAGGAAAAUGAACUGAUGGUUACCAUUUGAGUCUGUGCUUGGGGUCUUCGAAGUACACAUGAGCUGGAUUUUUUAAACACUGUGAAGGUAUGAUCUUCACUGAGGUGAAUUUUUUAUUGAACUAUACAUUUUGAUUCUUGGAAGUGUUGAAAUGGGGAACAAUACACUUUUUUGGUAGCAGGCUUAUUUGAAUACAUAAUGUGUUGUCAAAACCGAGAAUCCAAAAUACAUUCUCGGUAAUUACGUUACCCAAGACACACAGACGUUAGGUACUUUGCUUUCCUAAGACAGUCAGCCAAGAAUUAUGAUGGCUACCAUUUCUUAUUAUAGACUAUUAUUUUGUGCGAAUUGACUAGCUGUAUAGUUUUUUCUUUUUAAAGAAGUAUGCUCUUGCUUGCUAAAAAUGAAUUAUUCUAUUUUGGAAUCAGCUUACCCAAGAGUCCUAGUGAUUUCUGGGGGUAGAGGCACUAACUGUGGUCCUCCCAGCCAGGGUGUGGCGAUGUGGGAAGCAGUCUGGACAGCUCUUGUGUCUUAGGUGAUCUUCAUUAUUGCUUAAGAAGGUGUGAGGAUGAGAUCGGAAGUAUUUUGAUUUAUGCAUUCCUUCUGUGUGAGGACGGUUUGUUAACAAGCUGACAAAGUCUCUAAGUAACUCUUUAAAAAUAAUUUUUUUUUGUCUUUGUUUAAAUAUCACUGUGGUGGAAAAAUUCUUAAGAUGAUCUGUUUUCAAACUCAUUGUGUUAUUUCUCUCCCAUGAAUCUUGGCCAUGGGCAAUAAGGAAA